CGUGCAUGGUGUUUAGUGAAAUUUUGCUUUGAAACAACAUUUUAUUUAUUCACAAAUAUGCAGGAUUUUAAUAAUUCGCAAUAGUAUUUGACUAAACUAAACAUUUUCUGCAAUGGAAUUAAAUAUUGUAGCUAUUCCUACUAACACACAUAAAAAGUUCAAUAAAAAGCAGAAAAGUCUAUUUAAUAAUAAAAGGAAGGUUCAAACUCGACCAAAUGAUUUUUCCUUUACAUUCAAUAAAACUGAUAAGGUUAGUGCUACUGUGGCUGGUAUUAAAAAACUAGGGCAUGUAAUUAAAACUAAUAAAAAAUCAUUAAUUACUAAUGAAAUACUAAACAAUGAAGAUAUUAAACCCAGUAACAAAUUGUCAAACAUUCAGCACAUUAAAAGUAAUAAAAAAAAAAUAAACAAAUAUUUACCAUCAAUUGAAAAUGUAUAUAAUAAAAAAAAUCAAGAAACACUUUUGGAUGAAAAUCAAGAAAAAGUUUUCUCAAAAAUACCAAAAUCAAUAGUCUCUAAUCCACCAAAAACGGAAUUGAUCGUAAAUAGCACAUCGAAUGAAACUGAUCUCCAAAAAAGGUUUAAAGGACAAUCUGAUUAUAAAGAUAAUAAAGGAAAAUUCAGUAGUCAGCAAUCUAAAAUAUCAUCUUUGUUUGGAAAUAACCCAGAAGUGCCUACAGUUGGUCAACGAUUGAUAAAGCCUAUAACGGAAAAUGUAUUUUGUGGGAAACAAAUUUCUUCACUCCCAAUACACCCGCAUUCCAUAAAAAAUAUAAAAGACUUAUUGGAUAUAACUGAAUUGACAACAGUACAAGAAAAAACUAUUCCUGUACUUUUGAAUGGGCGGGAUGCUUUGAUAAGGUCACAAACUGGUUCAGGUAAAACUUUAUCAUAUAGUUUGCCUAUAGUUGAAAGUCUACAUAGUAUCAGACCCAAAGUUACCCGUAAUCAAGGUGUAUUAGCCCUAAUUAUUGUGCCAACAAGAGAAUUAGCCAUUCAAACAUAUGAACUUUUUGUAAAAUUAGUAAAGCCUUUUACAUGGAUUGUUCCUGGAUAUCUUAUUGGUGGUGAAAAACGUAAAUCUGAAAAAGCACGUCUACGAAAAGGAAUAAAUAUAUUAAUAGGAACGCCUGGAAGACUUUGUGAUCAUUUAUUACAUUCUUCACAUUUGAAAUUGGAUUCAGUAAAAUGGUUAAUUUUAGAUGAAGCUGAUAGGCUUCUCGAGUUGGGGUAUGAAAGAGAUGUGAAAGAAAUUGUUCAGUCUUUAUCAAAUCAAAAAAGUACAUCUUGGUAUGAUCCUUUAGCUCUUUUGAAGCAAGCUACUGAAAAUAAUGCCAAAAAUAAUAAUGCAAAAAGUGUACAUAAAGAAUAUGAAAACAUUAGUGGUAAUGAUGACGAAAUGCAAGAAAUUGUAAUUGAUAGCAAAAUGAGUGAAACGUUAAAAGUAUCACAUGACCUACAAAAUAUUGAAAAUGAAGAAUCCAGCAGCUCUGAAAGUAAAGAAGAGGAAACAAUGAGUUCUAGUGAAAGUGAUAAUAGUAGUGAUAAUCAAAAAGAAGAUAAUUAUAGCAAAAACAAACAAACUAAAUUGAAGAAAUACAAAGGCAUUACCAUGUUUCAGGGUAUACAAGCAGUUUUUAGUGACAAUAAUUCUGCAAAUGUUAAUAAUAAUGAAACUUUGGUCAAAAAACCUAACAUUUCAAAAGUUUCUACAGAAGAAACCUUAGCAAAAUCAAAGAAUUCACUUCAGACAGUUUUGCUGUCAGCGACUUUAACACCAGCAGUAGAAACAUUAGCAGGAUUAGCUUUGCAAGAUCCAAUAUUUAUUGAAACUAGUGAGGAUAAAACUUUUGAUGAUGCAACUUCUGUUAAAACUACUUCAAAUGAAGAAAUCAUGAGUAUACCAGCAUCGGUGGCACAAAGUUAUGUUAUUGUUCCUCCAAAAUUGAGACUCGUCACACUUAGUGGAAUUAUAAUGAAUGAAUGUCUAAGAACUCAAAACUCGAAGAUUUUAGUUUUUGUCGCAACCCAAGAUUUGGUUGAUUAUCACAGUAAUUUGAUGCAAAGAGUAUUGAGUAAAAAAAAUAGUGUAAUUGAUAGUGAUGGUGAUAGUGAUAAUGAAUUGGAUGUGAGUAAUGUGAUCACAUUCUUCAAGUUGCACGGGUCUAUGGGACAACAAGAUAGAAAUCGUGUAAUCAAAGAAUUUCGCAUUGCAAAAUCUGGAGUACUAUUUUGUACUGAUGUAGCCGCUCGUGGGCUAGAUAUACCCACAGUUAGCUUAGUGGUGCAAUACACACCGCCACUAUCUGUCGCUGACUACGCACAUAGAGUUGGUAGAACUGCCCGUGGAGGACGUUCUGGACGCGCCAUAAUUCUUUUAUCGCCGCAUGAGGCGGAUUAUGUAAGAAUAUUGGAAGAUCGAAGAAUUAGAUUAUCACAGGAAAAUUUGGAAUCAAGCCUUGAAGCUCUCUUGACACCUCAAUACACAAACGCUCAAGAAUCUGCAGCGGCCAUACAGCAAAAAUAUGAAGAAAUUAUUUUGGAUGACAAAAUAUUAAAUCAAAUGGCUUGCAAGGCAUUUUUCAGCUGGACGCGUUUUUAUUCAACGUUUCCAAGCAAGUUGAAACCUAUUUUUAACAUUCGAUCAGCGCACACUGGACAUUAUGCCAAAAGUCUUGCACUUCGAGAAGCACCUGGAAGUAAAAAUAUGAGACGUGCAGCUGAAUCAAGUGAAUCAAAAGAGAAACCUAAAAACCGGCUAACCAGAGAAAGGAACACUGAGGAACUGAAAAAAGAAAGAGCGCACUUCUGUGGUGGGACAAUAAAAUUAAAAACACAAAAACGCGGACUAAGUCAGCAAGCCAGACAGCGAGAGCUUAUUACGAGCGAGUAUGAUAGUGGUUUGGCACCACUUAAAAAGAAGAAAUUUUGAUAUGUUAAGUAAUUUUUAGAUAUCAACUGUAUAAUUAUAAGAAAUAUCAUGUUUAUGAAAAUGUUCAGAAUAGUAGAAUAACAUAUUAAAAACAA